AUGCUUUUUGCAGCUCCCCUGUUUGGCUGGGCGUCACUUCAAAACAUGUUGCUGAGUUUCGGAUGCGCCUCCCAACUCUGCAUCGAGGAUUGUCAAUACUUUGAUGCAGACAAAUGGAAAUCCGACUACUUGGCAAAGCAAGAUGAUGAAGGUCUCGAAUACUUUCGUUCGCUGAAGGGCAAUGAACAGGACAAACUCUGGAACGAGAAUUUGUGCUCUACAAAAUACUUCAGCAACUAUUCUGUUGAUGAGUGGUCCUCGCGAGUCGAAGAAAAGGAAUGGGUCAUGGGCUGUGCAGCGCAGGCAUCUAACAUGAACACUUACUACACAAUCGGUACUUCAUUCCUUUCUGGUUCAACAAUGGUUUACGGUCUCAUCAUGGACAAAUAUGGAACACGUCUUUUGCGACUGUGUGGAAUGGCCGGGUUUGCCAUUUCUUGCAUCUUGUUCGUCCUGGUUGAAAGUGAUCCUCGAGCUAUGGCCUGGCUUAUCACUCCUGCUGUGCUUUUGAAUGGCAUGGGUGGUAUUUUAUACAUCUUCACUGGUUUCCAACUUGCCAACUUUUUCCCUAAUGGAAGGUCGACCGUCUGCGCUCUUCUUAUCGGAUCCUAUAAUGCUUCAGCUAUUGUUUAUCCUCUUCUCUUUUUGGCAUUCGACAAGGGCAUUCUUUCCUUUAGCGGUUGUAUGCUUAUGCACUUCGCUCUUGCUCUCGCAUCGUUCAUUGAGGGUUGGGUUGAUACCCCCGUCGAGCCUAUUCCUGAGCCAGGCUCAGAGAACAAAAACGACGACGACAAAGAUGAAGACAAGAAAGAAACAGCUGCUGAUGACAUUCCACCCUUCAAAGACGUCUUGUUUUCCAUCCCAUGUGCUUUGUCCCUCAUUACUAUGUGCAUCACCGUGUUGCGGCUCUCUUACUACAUUGGUAGUAUGACAAUCUGGUUUGAGAACGCGGCGAAGAUGUCGGACAUAACAGAUGAGCAAGAAAUCAAAAAGAUAGUUGACGACAACUCUUCGCUCUUUGGCUACCUCCAACCACUCUGUAUUCUCUGGUCUAUUCCAAUCGGCUACGUUUUGGACCGCAAGUUCGCGCAGUCGAAAGAAAACCCAACACCUAUCGCAGACUCACCCAGCAACCGUGACGACGGCAUUCCCCUUAUCUCCGCGAAGAGCGACAGUGACAAAGCCACAGAAUCAAAUAACAGUAGCGGCGUUACCUACAAGAGAGUCCAGCAGUUGCGCAACACUCGCGAUGCCUAUUUUAUCACUGUCGGAUGCUUACUCGUUUUCGGUUACUUAAUCCUUCUCCAGGAUAACAUUGAUAUCCAAGUGAUUACAUUUGUCCUCCACACUGUCAUAAGAACACUUAUUCAUUCGUCAGCCGCUGGUCUCUACGUCCAGGUUUUCCACAUGGCCCACAUCGGGAAGUUAACUGGCCUUGGCUCCAUUGCCGGAGGAACUUUCUCGUUUAUCAUGAUUCCCUUCGAAUCUCUUGUUUUCAACGUACUUAAUGGAAACCCAUACUAUCUUAACUUGGCCCUGCUCCUCGCAUCAAUCGCUGGCGGUUUCUUGCCUAUCUAUCUUCAUAUUUUUGCCAACAAGACCGAAAGAGAUCUCAAGAAAAUCGAAGAAGAAAACCGAAACAAUAACGAAUCUUAA